AUGGUUAAAGUUCUCUUGACUGGAGGGAGUGGCUUCAUCGCCGCCCACAUUGUUGACAUCCUGCUGCAGCAUGGUUUUGACACAGUUGUUACUGUACGAUCCGAAGAGAAGGGCAAUCGGAUUAUCGAGGCGCACCCCGACGUGCCGAACGAGAAGCUCUCUUAUGUGACUGUCAAGGAUGUAGCUAAGGACGGUGCAUUUGAUGAGGCCGUAAAAUCAACCCCUCCCUUUGACUACGUUCUCCAUACAGCAUCUCCUUUCCAUUUUAACGUCCAAGACCCUGUGAAAGACUUCCUAGACCCGGCCAUCAAGGGAACAACCGGUAUUUUGAAGGCAAUCAAGGAAUACGCUCCCACCGUGAAGAGAGUGGUAAUCACAUCAUCUUUCGCUGCUAUCGUGAAUGGCAAGCAACACCCCAAGGUCUACAGCGAAAAAGAAUGGAACCCCUUGACAUGGGAGGAGUCGAUGGAUCACUCGCAAGUUUACCGCGGUAGCAAGACUUUUGCGGAGAAAGCAGCCUGGGCCUUCGUCGAGAAGGAGAAGCCUAAUUUCGAUAUUGCUACCAUCAAUCCACCACUGGUGUUUGGCCCGAUCGUUCAUUAUCUUAACUCUCUUGAGGCUAUCAACACCUCGAACCAGCGCCUGAGAAAUAUCGUCCAGGGUCAAAUGAAGGAGAAAAUAGCUCCAACAGGCAAUUUCCUCUGGGUAGAUGUGCGCGAUGUGGCCCUUGCACAUGUCAGAGCCCUUGAAGUCCCCGAAGCAGGAGGCGAGAGAUUCUUUGUCACCGCUGGCUUCUUCUCGAAUAAGGAACUUGCAGAUAUUGCUCGCGAGACCCACCCCCAGUUAGAGUCUAAGCUGCCCCCUGCGGACGCCCCAGGCGACUUCCCGGAAAACAUCUAUGAGAUUGACAACACUAAGUCGCAAAAGAUUCUUGGGCUCAAAUAUCGUCCACUAAAGCAAGCAGUCUCAGAUGCCAUUGAUUCUAUUCUAGCAGUUGGUGUUUAA